AUGGCCAUCCCGAUAUUCUACCCACAGAAAGCAUCCACGGCACGUCAACAUGACACACAGACACUUGAAACAAUUGCAGCCGUGAAACACAUCUAUGAUAAUCGCCCCUAUUUAACAGAAUUACAAUUCAUACCAGUGUUAAAAGCGUGCGGACUGCCACGCUACAUGAAUAUGGCAUUCUUUCGUAAACUGGAAGCCAUUGGAAAUGUAGAUCAACUAGUGCCUCUUGCAGCAUUUGUAGAAGGAUAUAUACAGGUUCAACAAGACCGACUGGAUGAUACCUCUCUCUUCUUCAGCAUUCUUAAAAAAUCAAACAGUGCCUGGAUUUCACCAGAGGACUUUCUACCCGUGUUGGAAGAUGUUGUAUUGAACCAUCCAGGACUCAAGUUUCUAGGAGACAAUCCCAUGUUUCAGGAACGAUACAUUGAAACAGUGAUUAGUAGGCUGUACUAUGAUGGCAGGUGUGCUUCUGGUAGAAUGAGUCUAUCCCACUUUCGCAAGAGCAAUUUCACGCAAAUGAUACAGAAUCUUGGGCCCUAUGUCGAUCUCAACAAUACUCUUGAUUGCUUUUCAUACAAGCACUUUUAUGUAUUGUACUGCAAAUUCUGGGUGCUGGACGAAGAUCAUGAUCUGAUAAUUUCCGAAAGCGAUCUUGCAAACUACAAUGAUGGGCUGCUCUCCCAGAGGCUUACAAGACAAAUCAUGCAACACGGACGCAUUCCUGCAUUUGCAAGUGACAGCACACGCAUGGCGAACAGUCAAGCAAGGACAUUGACAUACAUUGACUAUAUUUGGUUUCUGAUGUCUGAAACGGAUAAAAGCACGCCUAUGGCCAUUGAAUACUGGUUUCGAUGUAUGGACGAUGACGGAGAUGGUAUCAUCACAACGUUUGAUUUGGAGGAAUACUGGGAAGAGCAGGAGAAAAAACUGUAUGAGACGAUAGACGGCUAUACUGAAGACAUUAUAUGCUUUGAUGAUUUGAUAUGCCAAUUGAACGACUUGAUAAGGCCGCAAAUACCGGGGCAGUUCCGACUCAGCGACUUGAAACGAAAUGGUAUUAUUGCUGAGCGGUUCUUUGAUACAUUUCUCAACAUUGAAAAGUUUCAAAUUCACGAUACAUAUCAAGGGUUAAUUCGAGCAAAUCAGCAAUUGGAGAGGGAGAAAAAGAGGCAGUAUGACAUGGAGAAGCAAAAGUGGAUGGGGUUGCAGCAGCAUUUCAUGAUGGGUCAUGGUGGUCCAAAUGAGCCAUCACCACCUCCUCCUCAGCCAUUGGAGCCUGAAGAGCCAUUUUCGCUUGGUGCAUGGUGUGAUUAUGCAGAGCAAGAAUACGAUCUGCUGUUACUCAAUGAACAGUGUAGUAACGAGUCUAUUGAUUCAGACUGGUCAUUGCAGCCGCAACAGCCCCACAGCCAUCAGCAGCUUACUGCCGCGGCAGACAGCGAUCAUAGCAGUGACGAUGGCGAUGAUGAAGUAGAUGAAGAUGUUGAAUCACCGAACCAUAGCAACUGCAGUAGUGUCACUGAUGAAAGCAGCAGUGGCAGUAGUACACCUACGACUCCUGUUAUGCAACAUGAACAUGACCAUAAACAUCCAAGCCUACAGCAAGCACAACCAUCACAGCAACAACAGCAACAACAACAACAACAACAAAAUUGGGAUCUGGCAUCUUACUAG